AUGACACAUCGCAACGUCGGUUGGUACACGCAAGGUGACGUCGAAGAAAUCCAGGAUCAGCAUAUCCACAAGAACGUCUUCAAGAUUCGUGGAGCCAUCGCAGCUACCAACUACUUAAGAGUUCCGAGGGAUGCAGUAAAGGGGACACAUGGACUGGGUCUGACAGGACGCUACGCGUAUCUGCAACUUCGGCGGAUUGGGGAUCUACCGAUGACGAUUCAUCUCGACUUCGUGACGAACAGAAAAACAGCGUUGCGCUUUGCACUGAGCUCCAUUUACCAGCUUUUCCGAAGCACGGGGACUGUGCUCAGGGUACCACUAAGUUUGGAUACUCGAUGGACUGUGGUCGUGGUGGAUAUGGCGCGCUUGCUGGAGCUCCACUCCUUUAAUCAAUACGCAAGAGAAACCUAUCGUCACCUCAAGACCAUCACGUUGUGUGCUUCGAUGAAUUUGCGAAACUUCUUCGUGUCUCCAACGCUGUACACACCAACGGAGGAUCUUCGUAUCGCUGCCACGCCCACACCAGAAUCUCCUCCGACACACGAAGUCCAAGCCCAAGUCAGCACGCAAUCGUCACCAAGAACAAGAGACGCAAACAUUCGUCGAGACAGAAAUGACAUCCUGUCAAAGGCUGAUCAGAUUUUGCGCGACGCUGGACAAGGACUGCGAACUCGAAUCGUCUCAUCUUCCACCAAAGCCGAGUGGCCAGAUCCAAUCCUGGAACUCGAUCGAAUCAUCGGCUUUUCCAACGACUUCGCUCGCGUGUUGCUUUGGGUUCCAGACGGCUCAGCAUGUGUCUAUACAAGCUCCUCGACAAUCGUUUAUCGAGAGUUUUGCGCCGAAUACAAGGCGAAAAGCUCCGAGAACAAUACAAGUAUGGAAGCUGCGAAAGGUUCAAUGGAAACAAGUGGGUCAACUACUGCAACCAGAGAACACUUCUUGCACGGCCACCUCAGUGCAGUUUGCGCUCUUGCAGCCACAACCGACGGAAGGUUUCUGGCAUCAGCAGAAAUACCAAAGGAGUCGAAACAAAAUGGGAUCAGGCUCUGGAAUCUCGCAACUCGCGACUGUAUCACCAUCAUCAAGGCGCAAGCGAAGGGGGUUCCUGCAAUGUGCUUCUCCCCGCUAUCAAAACGCCGUCUUGUGCUCUGCGUCGUGGGUCGCGAUGAGUGUUUUCGAACUCAAAUCUUCAUCUGGGACUGCACUUCUCUUCUCCGUGGAACGCCAGACCCUCCUCUCUCUGCGACAGUGAGUCUCAUGGCAAGACAAACGUCCGAUUUCCCCAUUGAAAUCAUCUCUUUCUCCCCAUACGAACAGCAAGAUCAUUACCAUCUUGUGUCCUGUGGACGGGAGAAUAUCCGCUACUGGCGCGUCAAUCCCAACACUGGCCACCUCACGGGGUGUCCUGUAAUUCUCAACGAAUAUUCUCGCGGAACUGUAUUUACAGACAUUGGCUUCGACACAAUUGUCGAUUCUCACCCGUCCAAUAUCCACCGCGUACGUCCUCUAUACGUAUCGUCCAGCUUAGGUACACUACUGGUGAUCGACUACGACUUGAAACAGGUUAUCUGCGUGUACCAGCUCCACGACGCCAGUAUCAAUUGCCUAUCGGUUAACGAGGGGUUCUGCGUCACUGGGUCGGACGACUGUUUUCUCCGAGUCUGGCCAUUGGAUUUCACGGAUUUCUUCUUGGAAGCUCAACACGAGGCAGGUGUGAGCUGCUUGGAUGUAUCCGCAGAUGGGAUGAAAGUGAUUGUCGGCAGUCGCAACAACGCCAUCGGAGUGCUGGAUAUCGCGAGCCAACAGUACGCAACUUUACUGCGAUCUCACACAAAGAAGGUAACAGCGAUGGCACCUGCACCUUGGAGAUCCCCAUUGACUUCAUUACUUCUGGAAGACACUUGUGGUGUCGGUACUGAGAGCGAGUUAGUAACAGCUGCCGACGAUGGUACUUUGCGAGUUUGGGACACUUUGUCGGGACACCAGCUUUACGAGUUUGACAUCCAACAGGACCCGGUGACGAGUGUUGCAGCUUCGCCGGUGAAAAGUGGAAUUGUCGCGGUAGGUUUUGCUUCAGGAUACACGCGAAUCUUCGACGUGCCGUCAAGUAUGUUACACGAGUUUCGGCAACAUCAGAGCUCGAUUCGACACAUUGCGUUUGAUACUGAUGCUCAGCAUCUUUUUACUUCCGGUGGAGGGAAGCAAUUGUGUCUCUAUGACGCUCGACAGCAAGAUUAUUUGCCGCUAAAGAUGCUGCUGGCCGAUUUUGAUCCCGAAGACGGUUGUUUUGAGGUUAGUUACGACAAGAAAUGGCUGGCUUUGGUCAGUAGUGAUCGUCAGAGUGUCGUGAUGCUCGAUCCCUGCUCACUGCGUGUGAUAUCCACGGUGCGGCCUCCUAAACAGGGAAAAGAAGAAAUAUUGAAGCUUGCACGCUUUUCCAACCACUCGUCCGAGUUGCUAGUCUUAUCGUCCAAUGACCGACUUCACAUUUUCUCUCUACCAGGACGCGAACUCGUUCAAUCGAUGCCGCUUCUUGGUCAAGAUGGAAUCAGUGCGUUGGUGGUGAGUGCAAACGCUAAAUACAUGGCUACUGGGGGUGCGGACGGGUCUCUCCGAGUGUGGAAUUGGGAUGACAGAGGUCGAAUCGGUCGGAUGAAUCAGUCUUUCCUCGGUCAUACGGGGAAAAUUAAUGAGUUGGCUCGAACGCGAUAUGCGUCUGGCAAUUCCACGGAGACUCGUCGCCAUCGUCCCCACGGGAAAAGAGCGGCCCACUGGACGGAAGGUGGUUCAACCUGGCAGGGGGCGACGACGAAAAUGACAUGA